CGUCACGGAGCCCUCCGUCACUGAUGCUCACCCCGGCCGAAUCGCCCCCGACCUUUUGUGCCGCGAUCUCCCAACACCGUCAACCGAAAAAAAAAGCUAACCCGCCCGCCCGCUUGGCCGCCCCUCCAACGCUCGCACACAUCCCACCCCACCCCACGCUACCCGUACUUCCUUCCGCGAUCAUCGUCACAUUCCCUUACAAUUGCCUCCACCUCCCCAACCAUGGUCCUCAUCCACAGGGUGCUGCCCACCAGUUCUCUACGCCACCUCUCCACCGCCACCGGCUGUGCCAAGUCAUUCCCGAAAUCGUUGCCACCCUUCGUUGUUGCGGCAGCAACCCAAAUCCCGCAUUCGCUUCCGCUGACUAACGCAUCCUUGCCGCUGCUGCAUCCCUCCUUCGGCGCAUCCGCAUCAGCAGCGCACCUGACCACCACCCACAGCAGCAGCAGCCGCAGCAGCAUCUUCACUCCUUCCCUCCUCCUCCCCCCCAAACCCACCACCACCACCUUCGCUCUCGUAGCGGACGACGAAAUGCUCCCCGCCUUCCGCCGCUUGGGUCUCGCCAGCUUCACCAGCUCCGUCGCUGCCGCCGCCGCCACCCCGCGCACCACCACGCUCCUCGCACGCACCUACAGCAGCAGCUCCCGCAGCCCUGCCGAUGGCAGCAGCUCCCGCGCCGUGCCCCCGGCCGUAGCAUCGUCCGGCAGCGGCACCACCCCGCGCACCUCAACAAAACGCCUCCUCUCCGGCGGCGGGAUUCCCUUCGUUCCGUCGACGGACCACCUCCACCCAGCCGACAUCGCGCUCUCCACCUUCUUCGCCGAGCACCGCCCGAUCAGCAUUGCGCCCACCUCCACGCCUCCGACCGCGAUGACGCCUCCGCCGCAGCACAUACGCGUAAUAUCGAAGCACGACCCGUCGUCGCCGUGGGAGUUUGGAAUCCCGUUCCAGCCACCUGGCCCCCCCGAAGAGAUGCUCGCAAUCUCUGUCAAGAGACAGAGAAAGCUCAAGAUGAAGAAACACAAAUAUAAGAAGCUGAUGAAAAAGACGAGGAACGCGAGGAGGAGGAUCGAAAGGCAGAAGAACUAGACGGGGCGGGUCGGGACUUGGAUGGGGAUAGGGAGGGGGAGGGGGUGGUGGUGGUGUAUAUACCGGCAAAGGCGAUACGAUAUGAUCGAUAGACAGGGCGGGGCGGGGACAGAGGAGGUUGUUUUUGUGAUUCAGGGAGAGAGAGG